UAUCCGCAGUGAGAUGACGUUUACCACCUUUUCUAAUUUGUGAUACGACACGCUCGGUAAAACACGGCUAAAGCCUUAUAAUUUUUUAAUUUUAUUUUUGACCAAACGUUUGAUUCAACGCAUAUCUUACAUCGCGUUGAACAAGAGAAAAAGUUGCCCUCGAAGCAAAAAAUCCAACAUUUUUUUUUCACCAAAGGUGUCAAAAAUAGGUAACGUAAAAAAUUGGUAAAAAGAAAAGGAUUGGCUAGCCGUACCAAGUACUUCUAUCUUGCUUAGUCAGCCGCCAAAAAAGUCUUCUGUUACUCUUCGACUGUGGAGUGCCGACAUUAAACGAAAAUUAAUAUUGGAAGCCCACGACACCGCAUCAACGAUAGUUAAACAAAUAGCAGUACUAUGGGUUUAACAAUUAGUGGCAUGCUGACUCGCCUCUUUGGUAAGAAGCAAGUUCGUAUCUUGAUGGUGGGUCUUGAUGCUGCUGGUAAAACAACGAUAUUGUACAAGCUGAAACUUGGAGAAAUUGUAACAACUAUACCCACGAUUGGCUUCAACGUAGAGACUGUCGAGUACAAAAAUAUAUGCUUUACGGUGUGGGAUGUGGGUGGUCAAGACAAGAUCAGACCACUGUGGAGGCACUAUUUCCAAAACACUCAGGGGCUGAUCUUUGUGGUUGACAGUAAUGACCGUGAGCGUAUAGCCGAGGCAGAGCGUGAACUUGCAAAUAUGUUGAAAGAGGAUGAGUUGCGAGAUGCAGUGCUGCUGGUAUUCGCCAAUAAGCAAGACUUACCGAAUGCAAUGUCAGCUGCUGAGCUCACAGACAAGCUUGGUUUGAACUCCUUAAGAGGACGUCAUUGGUACAUUCAGAGUGCCUGUGCUACUCAAGGACAUGGAUUGUAUGAAGGCCUCGACUGGCUUAGCAACGAACUUGCCAAGAAGUGAUGAGGCAUCCACUUGUUUUCGACCUACUUAUGUGUGUGUGUGUGUGUGUGUA